AUGGAUUUGCGCACCAUCAUGAACACCGACGCCGGCGGUGCCUCCAAUCGUCCGCCGGCCACGCCAUCCUCGAGCUCGCCCACCGAUGCUUCCCAUCAACAGCGCGCACAACAGCCUUUCCCGGACUAUACCGGACGCCCCUCGCAGCCUCCAUUGCAGCGGCCGCACGCUUCCCCAGACCGAUCCUCGUCCUUCGGCCCCGUGGGAUCACCCUACCAGCAGUUUAACGCGCCGCCACCCAUCAACACAGCAGUACAGUCUCAGCGAAGCCAGAGUCCUUCACAUGUCUCGACUCCAUACCCCGGGGCGCGCGAUACAUACGGUGGAUCGGGAUACAACGCGCACCAACAAUCCUCGGCUGGCCCCUUGACCUCGCCGUAUACACCACAGCAAUCUCUGAGUGCGGGCUCGCAGCAAUCCGAGCAUCAGUCAUACUUCGCGCAGCAGCGCUCUCACUCGCUCCAUUCCGUCGUGACAAACCCGCGCGCCGCGGGUGAUGCAUUUCAUACGCAGGAUAGCCCUCCCUCCACCUCACAACCUCUGCCGCCCCAUCAGUUUUCCCCCUCCGCGCAUCGCUCCGUUCCUGGGACCCCACUGGGGCCUCCACCGACCUUCUCGUCGCGCCAGUCGCCCUCGUCGGGACGUCCUCGGUCCUCCGGUCACGAUUCCGUCCACAACCCUCUAUCGAGCCCGCAGGCCGCACUGGAAGCGCAAGGACGAGAGCCAACAAAGACUCAAUCCCCCUCAGCUUCUCGGCAGUUCGCCACUGCAUCGCGUCCAUCCGAACCAACCUCCCAGUUCCACUCCAGUAGCGUGCAACAAGAGCAGCCUGACAUCACCAGCCCCAAGGUGUUCUCCCGCCAGAAUAGUACUGCAGCAACCUCGGAUUCCCGAGGGUCCCCAGUUGCGACGGGAAAUCCACACAUCAACAGCUCCCCAUCGGCUCAGCGAAGUAGCUCGCACCCUCUCAAAAUGGAAGUCGACCAUGAGUUGACUGGCCAUUCCGAAAAUCAACCGCCCAAACCAAAGAGGAUGCGAUACAAUGAGCCUCCGAUCUACGCUCAACGAUCCACCCGUACAAAGGGGGUGUGUCCACCAAUUCAAAAUCCUCAACCUCUGGUGUCGAAACAGGAAAGGCGGCUAAACCAAGAUGCCUGGGCCUCGCGCAGGCAGUCUCUAACCUCGGCUCCGAGAUCCGCUACUACUCCCCGUACUGCUCGCACGCCUGGCCCGCCUGGUCCGCCUCCUGGCCCGCCUCCUGUUAGCAAGAACGGGCCUCCCUCGCAGCCUCCGGCUCCAAGCGCCGAGCCAGUGGGCGGCCUUGGACCGUGGGAGCCCUCAAUCAGUGGCUUCAUUCCCCACGAGGAAAUCACCAAGAUGCUCUGUGAUUUCCUGUUCAAACAUGUGGUCUUGAGUAAGGAUGUGGCAGUUGGGCCGGCAGGUUCAGCCGCUGUAGGCCAAGGCGCGAUUAUCGAGAUUGAGGCUAAGUUAGGUCAUGUUAUCGACAUGGAUCGUCGAGAAAGACUAAGAUUGCCCAUCCUUACGGAGAGCGUCAUCGACCGAGACAACUCCGGGUUUCGAACAUCUUUCGAGAGCAGGAUGACUAUCGAACAACAUCGCGCUAUGAACAACUUUUUGAACGAAGCCGUGAAGGGGUCCAUUUCAGUUACAGACCCGAAUCGCAUCCCCAUCUCCUACGCACACAAAAAAGAACGCGAUACAUUCUAUGAGGUCUCCUCCGAUGACCUGCCUCCAAUCAUUCGACAGAAUCUGAAUCGUCGACACACACCCAAAGUCCGUGUGACCACCGACCAACAAACUGGUGAAGUGAUCGCCAAGAUCGUCAAGUGUCGUGUCGCAGACAUGGACGUAUGUAGUCCACGUACCGUCGUCGACUGGCGGGUAAGCGUAAACCUGGAAAUGGAAUACGACGGCGACAUCAGCCAUUUAUCACCAGUCGACACCAGCAAGGGCGGCCGAGGCGAACGCAAUAAAGAUCGCAUGAGCUACCGACACUUAGCUUACCAGAUCGAUCUCACGCAGGUAGCUAGCGCCGAUCAUCCGACGAAAAAUGAUUUCGAGCACGAGCUUGAGAUCGAAGUAUCUGCAGCCGAAGUUAAGCGCCAGGGACAGCUUGCCAUGACUGGCAAUCCGAAGAAUCAGUAUGAGGAGCUGGUCAAGGGGUUUGUGGAUAAUAUUCGUUUACUGGCACGGGCUGUGCCAGGAUGA